AUGAAGUACGCAUUUGUUCUCACGGCUAUUGCCGCUAUUGCCUCUAAGGUCGCCGCUGUCGGUGUCUUCGGCACUCCUGAGGGUUUCGCUUCUUCCGCCACUGGUGGCGGUGAUGCCACCCCUGUCUACCCUACCUCCACCGAUGAGCUGGUCUCUUACCUCGGUGAUGAUAAGGCCCGUGUUAUUGUUCUCAGCAAGACUUUUGAUUUCACCGAUACUGAGGGUUCCACCACGACUUCCGGUUGCACUCCUUGGGGUACUGCCGCCGGCUGCCAGGUUGCCAUCAACAAGGACGACUGGUGCACCAACUACGAGCCUGAUGCCGCUACCACUACUGUUACCUACAAAAACGCUGGCAUGCUCGGUAUCACCGUUGGCUCCAACAAGUCCUUGAUUGGCGAGGGCACCAGCGGUGUUAUUAAGGGACGUGGUCUGCGCAUUGUAAACGGUGUCAAGAACGUCAUCGUCCAAAACAUUGCUGUCACAGACAUCAACGCUCAGUACGUCUGGGGUGGUGAUGCCAUCACCAUCAACCAAGCUGACCAAGUCUGGCUCGAUCACAUCACCACUGCUCGCAUUGGUCGUCAGCACUACGUCCUGGGUACUGAAGCUGAUAACCGUGUCUCUAUCACCAACAACUACAUUAAUGGUGAAUCCGAUUACUCUGCCACCUGCGACGGUCACCACUACUGGAACGUGUACCUUGAUGGCUCCAGUGACAAGGUUACCUUUAAGGGCAACUACCUCUACAAAACUAGUGGUCGUGCGCCUAAGGUCCAGGGCAACACCUACCUCCAUGCUGUCAACAAUUACUGGGACGAGAACUCCGGCCACGCCUUCGAGAUUGGCGAGGGUGGCUACGUUCUUGCGGAGGGUAAUUACUUCGCUAACGUCGCCACUGUUCUCGAGGCAGCCUCCUUCAAGGGUGCCCUCUUUGCCUCCGACAGCGCCUCCACCACCUGCGAGUCUUCCAUCGGUCGUUCCUGUGUUGCCAACGCCAACGGGGGCACGCUGACCGGCUCCUCCUCCUCCGUUCUGGAGAACUUGAAGGGCGAGACUCUCGCCACUGCCGCUGGUGCAAGCACUGACCCGGCUGGUAGCGCCGGCCAGGGUAACUUGUAA